UAGUUGGGCUCUGUUUUGCUCUGUUGGUGGCAGUUGAGUGACUGGCUGCUGAUUCACAAAGGUCUCAAUGAAUAUCGGUUCUUUAGAGAUACAGCGACUUUAGCAGAGAGAAGAUGAACAUCCAUGUGGAGGGGUUGGUGGCGAUUGUCAUCUUCUACUUGCUGAUCCUUGUAGUGGGAAUCUGGGCAGCAUGGAAAAACAAGAAUUCCGGCGUGAUGGAGGGAGUUGAUCGCAGUGAGACCAUUAUGGUCGGCGGAAGGGAUAUUGGAUUAUUUGUCGGCGCAUUUACCAUGACAGCAACGUGGGUUGGAGGGGGUUAUAUCAACGGCACAGCAGAGAAUGUGUAUCUUCCCGGGUACGGCUUGGCAUGGGCACAGGCUCCCUUUGGAUAUGCGCUCAGCCUUGUUGUGGGUGGCCUUUUCUUUGCAAAACCCAUGCGCUCCCGGGGUUACGUCACCAUGCUUGACCCCUUCCAGCAACUGUAUGGUAAAAGGAUGGGUGGUCUGCUAUUCAUCCCUGCACUAAUGGGGGAAAUGUUCUGGUCAGCCGCCAUCUUAUCUGCCCUUGGGGCCACAUUGAGUGUGAUCAUUGACAUCGACAUCAAUAUGUCUGUGAUUAUUUCGGCUCUUAUUGCCAUUUUCUACACACUGGUGGGGGGACUUUACUCAGUGGCCUACACUGAUGUUGUCCAGCUCUUCUGCAUUUUUUUAGGACUGUGGGUGAGUGUCCCUUUUGCACUCUCAAACCCAGCUGUGUCUGACAUCGGAGUGACAGCAGUGAAGCAGCUCAAUGCUAAUCAGACUGCAUGGCUUGGGAAGAUAGAAAGCCCUGACAAAUGGAUGUGGGCUGACAACUUCUGCCUUCUGAUGUUGGGGGGGAUUCCCUGGCAGGUGUAUUUUCAAAGGGUUCUUUCUGCCUCUUCAGCUUCCUAUGCUCAAGUCCUCUCCUUCCUGGCUGCCUUUGGUUGUAUCAUCAUGGCUAUUCCCUCUGUCCUGAUCGGAGCCAUAGGGGCUUCCACAGAUUGGAACCAGACAACCUAUGGGCCAAUUUCUCCCAUGCAGAAGGACCAGUCUGACAUGAUUCUACCGAUCGUGCUACAGCACCUGUGUCCAGCCUAUAUCUCCUUUUUUGGUCUGGGGGCAGUUUCUGCUGCAGUGAUGUCAUCCGCUGACUCAUCCAUCUUGUCGGCCAGCUCCAUGUUCGCUAGGAACAUCUACAAGCUCGCUUUCCGGCAAUCGGCUUCCGACCGUGAGAUAGUAUGGGUCAUGCGGAUCACUAUCUUUGUGUUCGGGGCUCUUGCGACGGCCAUGGCUCUCCUGACUGGGACCGUUUAUGGUUUAUGGUACCUGAGCUCUGACCUGGUCUAUGUCAUCAUCUUUCCCCAACUCCUCUGCGUUCUUUUCAUCCGUGGCACAAACACCUACGGCUCGGUGGCUGGAUACAUCUUUGGAUUGACCCUGCGAGUUGGUGGAGGGGAACCAUAUCUCAAACUGCCUCCAUUCAUCUACUACCCUGGAUGGACCAUUGAGGAGAAGGUCCAUCAUGUGACCAAGGAGGUGGAAUACCUGGUGAUGCAGAGGUUUCCCUUUAAGACUGCUUCCAUGCUGGCCUCGUUCCUAAGCAAUGUGGCUUUCUCAUACCUGUUUAAGUACCUGUUCGAGAGUGGCACUUUGUCGGCUAAAUAUGAUUUCUUGGAUGCAGUGGUGGCUAAGCACAGUGCAGAAAUAAUGGACAAGACCACUCUGGUGAACAGAAACAUCAUUGGGCUGAAUGAAAUGGCCCCAGUCAAGCCAAGACUUAGUGUUACUUUAGCUGCUACCUUCACCAGGAAGGAAACCCUGACCGAAGAGGAGGACUCCAGCCCGGAGUCACCGAGUCAUGAGAUCAAGUAGAUACCUUAUGGACAAUCCUGAGAAGACUCUGUAGUGGUUCCAUGACGUGAAGUACAAGGCUUCACCCAAUAAGUAAAGAAAUAUCAGAUUUUAAUUACAUAAUUAAUUCACUCCACACUCCUUUUCUGGAAUUUCCAUCACUUCUUUCAGAUAUUGUGGAACGAGACAGAAACUGAAACUCUGUGAAAAUGUUAACGAGAGAAGAAAACAGCAGUGAUUUAGAUGGUUUGAGUGAUAUUAGGACAUUGAUGGUGUUACUUACCCUGAGGAUCUCUUCCACUGCUGAUGGUAUGUACAAACCUUCAGUGACUCUCCUUUCCCUGCUAAAGAAAAUGUUGAGAUACUGUGAUAAUCCUUGAGAAAUAAUCAUAUUAAAAGGUAGGUUCACUCAAAUAUGUUCUGUCAUCAUUUGCUCAACUUCAUGUCAUUCCGAACAUGUAUAACUUUAUUUCUUUCUCUAUUUUUUCAUCUAUACAAACUCAACGGGCAUCAGUGUUAAAAAAUAACACUGAAGCCCACUGACUUUAACUGUAUGGAUUGAAAAAAAGAGGAAAAUAA